UUGAUACAGUGAAAACAUUUCAUCGAAUUAAAAGAAAAAAUUACAACAUGAAAUUAUUCCUUAUUCUGGCCAUGCUCAUUGCAACCGUUUGCGCUCUACCUCAAUUCGGUUUCGGUAGUGCUUAUGGUGGUGGUGCCGGAGGCUUUGGACGUCCUGGUUUCGGUGGUGGCGGUUUUGGUCGUCCCGGUUUCGGCGGUGGCAGUUAUGGUCGUCCCGGUUUCGGCGGUGGUGGUUUUGGUCGUCCUGGUUUUGGUGGCGGACGUCCUGGUUUCGGAGGUGCAGGUGGUGCUUCAUCAUCAGCUGCUGCUUCGUCAAGUGCUAGCUCUUCCGGUGGUGGCCGUUUAGGUGGUGCUGGUUCCGCCGCUGCUUCAGCUUCUGCCUCCGCCGCUGCUGGUGGUGGCAACAGAUUCCGUGGUUAAAAACUCUAUUUGUAGUUAAAACAAAGUUUCUAUUGUAGUUUUCAUUAAAUUAUUAUUUAUGUUAAGUUUUAUACACAAAAUUGUAAAAA